GCAUGGCGGAGCAGGAGCGGGCGGAGCUUGGCGGCGUGCAGGAGGCCAAGCGCGGCCUCCUCCAUCGCUUCAGCUUCCGACGGCGGUAAGGGAGGAGGGUCUCGACACCACGCCGGCCUCAGACCGCACGCCACCAACCUCACGCUCUUCUUCCUGGCCUCCACCAUAGGCGAGCUCGGGCAGACACCGGGGCGCCAGUGGGCUUCUCUCCCCCGACACCGCCAUCGCCGUCGUCCUCGGCGACACUCGGCGCCUCCAGGUGCGCGUCGACGUCCACCUGCUCGCUGGACGCCGCCCAGUGCGAGGAGGACGACGGGGUGCGCCCGGUGGAGGCGGCCAGGCCCGCCGGGCCCCGGGCGGAGCGGGCGGAGCAGGCGGAGCACUUCGGCGGCGCCUCGGACGAGCUGCACCGGGUGCUGCUCAGCAGACUCGAGUGCCCUGUGUGCUACCUGCCCAUGGCGCCGCCCAUCCGCCAGUGCGAGUACGGCCACUCGGUGUGCGCGGGCUGCGAGGCGCGCCUCGCGAGGUGCCCGACGUGCCGCGGGGCCUUCCUGGCCGCCACCAACGCCACGCUCAACGCCAUCGCCCUGGCCGUGCGGCUCCCUUGCCGCUACCGGGGCUGCCGCGCGCUCCUGCGCCUCGCCGACAAGGCCCGGCACGAAGAGCGCUGCCGCCACCGCGAGUACCCCUGUCCCAACGUGCGCUGCACCCCGUGGACGGGGACGCUAGACGAUCUGCUGCAGCACACUCUGAAGGACCACGCCACCGACACCGCCCUGGUGACCCUCAACCAGAAGACUGACCUCAGCUACACGUACAGCCGCACAAAGCCUUUCGAGAUAAGUCACAUGGACGGUGGUGUAAAUCGAGUAGCCAAGUCAUUGCUUCUCGUAGAGACAGUCGUAAAAAGUACAGAGGAGCUCGAGAACAACAAGAACAGGGAUAAGAAGAAGAGCAGCAGCGUGGACAUGGCCGAGGAGAGCCUGCAGCCGCGCGCUCUCUUUCGCUUCCACUUGCGUUUCGACGCCAAGCUCGUGGUGCUGCAGUCUGCUCUUCAAUACAUCGGGCCGCCCGACAACUGUAAACUCUUCCGGUAUAAGGUCUCCGUCGGCAGCAGGGACGGUUCCUUCAAGCUGAGCUCCUGGUCUGAGGCCACCGGCGAGGAGGUGGACGAGGCCGUGAAUGACGGGAAAGUGCUGAGGGUGGACGGUGCGUCCUUCCAGCACCUCAUCGACAAGGACGGUCGCUUCAUCGUCAGGGUCAAGGUGGUGGUCGGCAGACUACCCUCCCUCGUUCAGCCUGUCGACAAUCCCCCUGCGCUCUAAAAGUCGACU